AGAAAGGACCAUUCCUGACACGCCUGAUGAUUAUGUGAACAUUUAUACUGGGUGCUGGGAUAAUGAGCCAGAUAAUCGUCCAUCAAUGAAUCAAUUAGUUGAUAAAUUAAAUUCAAUUGUAUCGAAAACAAACAUAAAAGAAAAUAAUCAAAUGAAUAAUUACGCAUCAAAUAACUUCGAAGCUGUUUCUAAC